GCGAUGGAGAGCUACCUGUACGCUGCCUACCACCCCUACGCCUAUCGCUACCCACCGCCCAAGGGCAAGGGGGGGGCGGCGGGCGGCUGGCGGCCGCGGGGCAGCGGCUACUUCUCGGGCUACGGGGAGGCGGCGACGGCCGCCGAGUACUUCGACAACUACCAGCGAGCGCAGCUGAGGGCCAUCCUCUCUCAGGUCAACCCCAAUCUGACGCCGCGGCUCCGCAAGGCUAACACCAAGGAGGUGGGCGUCCAGGUCAACCCGCGGCAGGACGCCUCGGUGCAGUGCUCCCUGGGGCCCCGUACACUGCUGCGCCGCCGCUCUCCCGGCCCCCCAGCCGCCCCGCGGCCCCGAGAGGCGCCGGAGCGGGAGCAGGAGCAGGGCAGCCCCGCCACCACCAGCACCCGCGCCGUGCGAUUCCCCCGUACCAUCGCCGUGUACUCGCCCAUGGCUUCCCGCAGACUUACCGCCUUCCUAGAGGAGCCGGGAGCGGAGCCGGAGCGAAGGCCGCAGCAGGAGGAGGCGACGGUGGUAGCCGUCGAGGAGGAGCCGGCUGCCGUGCGGGAGCAGCGAGAGGCGGAGGCGGCAGCCGAGGAGGAGGCGGUGGUGGCGGAAGCGGUGCCGGCAGCGCAGUUCCUGGAGCAGAAGUACGGCUACUACCACUGCAAGGACUGCAACAUCCGCUGGGAGAGUGCCUACGUCUGGUGCGUCCAGGGCACCAACAAGGUCUAUUUCCGGCAGUUCUGCCGAACCUGCCAGAAGUCCUACAACCCGUACCGCGUGGAGGACAUCACCUGCCAGAGCUGCAAGCAGACGAGGUGCAGCUGCACGGUGAAGAUGCGCCACGUGGACCCCAAGAGGCCCCACCGCCAGGACCUCUGUGGGAGAUGCAAAGGGAAACGCCUCUCCUGCGAUAGCACAUUCAGUUUCAAAUACAUCAUCUGAGUGGGGUGGGGUGUUGAUUUUUUGGUUGUUUUUUUGUUUUGUUUUGUUUUAGGACU